ACUUGUUUCAGUGAACAGAAGAAGACGAGUAACCUUGAGGCCUAUGUGAAAUGGUUCAAUAGACUCUGCUAUCUUGUAGCAACAGAAAUCUGCAUGCCUGCGAAAAAGAAACAGCGAGCACAAGUAAUUGAAUUCUUCAUUGAUGUUGCCCGAGAGUGCUUUAACAUAGGGAAUUUUAAUUCGCUGAUGGCAAUCAUUUCUGGAAUGAACAUGAGUCCAGUGUCCAGGUUAAAGAAGACUUGGUCAAAAGUGAAAACAGCCAAAUUUUUUAUUCUUGAGCACCAGAUGGACCCCACUGGUAACUUCUAUAACUACAGAACAGCCUUGCGGGGAGCUGCUCACAGGUCCCUCACCGCACACAGCAACAGGGAGAAGAUUGUGAUCCCCUUCUUCAGCCUGUUGAUCAAAGACAUUUAUUUCUUGAAUGAAGGAUGUGCUAAUCGCCUUCCAAAUGGACAUGUCAACUUUGAAAAAUUUCUGGAACUGGCUAAGCAAGUAGGAGAAUUUAUAACAUGGAAGCAAGUGGAAUGUCCCUUUGAACAAGACCCUAACAUCAUCCACUACUUGCACACUGCUCCCAUUUUUACUGAAGAUGGUUUGUAUCUGGCUUCCUAUGAAAGCGAAAGUCCGGAAAACCAGACAGAAAAAGACAGGUGGAAAUCCUUAAGAUCCACUAUUUUAGGAAAAACUUGA